UUGGCAGGGAUUCAUCAGGUUACGCACAGCGCUGUUUAGAUGGCUCGCAGAAGGCAGUAAGUUGGGGRACGGUGCUGCAGACACUCUGAAGUCAUUCAGCAGACUUCUCUCGUCAACAUUUAAAACAGAAUGGAGCAACAAUUUGAGGACAUCGACUCGUCUGGCAAAUGGCAGAACCUUUACAACGAAAUCCGCACCCAGGCUGUUGAGCGUCCGUACGAAGUCGCAAAACUUCCAGUGAACAGAACUCUGAACCGUUACAGAGACGUCAGCCCAUAUGAUCACAGUCGAGUAAAACUAGAAAACUCAGAAAACGACUACAUCAAUGCAAGUUUAGUCUCAGUGACAGAAGCUGGAAGAGCUUACAUUCUUUCUCAGGGCCCUUUGAGGAACACGUGUGGUCAUUUCUGGCUGAUGAUUUGGGAGCAACGUUCCAAAGCCGUUAUAAUGCUAAACAGAGUGAUAGAAAAAGGAUCUGAAAAGUGUGCACAGUACUGGCCCACCUCAGAGGAGCUCCAGAUGUCGUUCACAGACACAGGCUUUGUUGUGAGACUGCUGUCAGAGGAGGACCAGUCCCAGUACACCAUCAGACUGUUAGAGCUCGAGAACACAAAGACAGGAGAGUCGAGAAAGAUCUACCACUUUCACUACACCACGUGGCCUGACUUUGGCGUGCCUGAAUCUCCUGCCUCCUUCCUCAAAUUCCUCUUCAAGGUCCGGGAGUCUGGCUCGCUGGGCCCGGAACACGGGCCCUCGGUGGUGCACUGCAGCGCUGGAAUCGGACGUUCGGGGACCUUCGCCUUGGUGGACACCUGUUUGGUCUUGAUGGACAAGAGGAAGAGCCCGUCAUCAGUGGACGUGCAGAAGGUGCUAUUAGGCAUGAGAGAAUAUCGCAUGGGCCUGAUCCAGACCUCGGACCAGCUGCGCUUUUCUUACAUGGCCAUCAUGGAGGGAGCCAAGCUCAUCCUGACAGACAACUCAGAACCACAGAACACGUUUAUAGGCCUGUCCAGAGAUGUCUCUGAGCCAGAUUUGCCCCCUCCACCACCCCCACCCAGACCUCAUCUAAAUGACAGCAGACCCAAUGGACCAUGCCUGGAGCCACAGGCAGUCACAGGAGACCACCACUCAACCAAAGAGACAGACAGUCAGGACCACCUUGGGAAGGAAAACUCUGUGCGUGUGAGGAAAAGACACCGUGAGGAGAGAAAUGCCAUCACCACACAGAAGGUCCAGCAAAUAAAACAAAAACUGAGUGACUCAGAGAAGAAGCAAGAGAAGUGGCGGUACUGGAGGCCCAUUUUGCUAAACGUCGGUGCUGGAGCAGUCCUGGUCGUCGGCCUGUUGUGCUGGAUGUACGUUCAUUAACGCACUCUGGCUCCCUAAAAACUGACUCCCAAUUUUGCACCGGCACCUGGGAUUAGGUACUUCCUCUCUUAGUAGACGUAGAUGGUAAAAUGUGCAUAACUGUGGAUAUUUAUUACUUAAGGUCAAAAUGCAGGAGUGCUAGAUCAAAUGAGUGUGUGUAUAUUUUUCUGUAAGAUCUUAAAAAUAGUAACAUCUCAGGAUCCUGGUGCCAGCACGAUGAUUUUCCCCUCUUUCUUUACACUGUUGAUGAAUGUACUGUGUCACAGUAAAUAAUGCUUUGAAAGAAAUGACUAAAGGUAGAGUACAAAGAAAACAAUUCCUGACAGAUUUAUUUUUGCAUUCUUUAUUUGUAAUUGUCAAAUGUGUGUUUCUCAUUUAUGGAUACAUUUUACAUUUCAAYGUUACUUAGAAUGAUGUCCAUCCUACGUUUAAAAAAAAUGUAGGAAAACUCCAGAGCCAAGCGGCCAACUACGAGAUUUUUUUUGUUUUAAUCUAAGGAAUGCAUGCUUUUACUGGUUCUCCAGAUCACCAACAGUUCUUCCAUUCAUACUCAGUAGGGCAUUUUAGUGUUCUUUUUACGUUUUCUCUUUUAUUAACUCUGAAGAUGAGUUCUGGUUGUCACUGAAAUUAUACAAACUGCCGAGUUCCUUGCCGAUUAGUGCAUGUGUUGCCCACUGGAUGGGUUCAUGUUUUUCCUGCUGUUGUUUUGUUGUUGAGGAAACCAAAGCAAAGCUGUUUGUUUUAGGAAGAUAACAAGAACAUGUUGUUAAUGACAAAGCCUUGUAUACUCCCAUUAAGUGGAAUGUAUUUUCUCUUGAAUAACUCACGUGUUACUAAAUGAAACUACUCUUGGUACCUUUGA